GAGACAGCUGGCAUGGGGUGCUUUUCCUUAAGCCGGAAGGUGGUUUCUCCUGGAUGGGGUUGAACAACAACAACAAAAUUGGAGCCCCGGCAUCACGAUGACGAUCCUCGGCCUCAGAUCACUGACCUUUGCCGCUCUUUUUGUCAUCCACGAGGUGGCAGCGGAGUACGGCAUGGCUCAUUUCAGUGAUGACGGCAAAGGAAAGGACUACUGCAUUUUCUUUAACUCUCAGUGGGCGCGUCUGCCUCAGGACCUGAACAAGGCGUCGCGGCUCCAGAUUUACGAUUUAACCACGUCGGUCCUGUGCUCGCCCGCCGACGUCCCGGAAGGGGGCUUCCCAAACCGCAUCGCCAUGGUGAUGAGGGGCAACUGCACUUUUUAUGAGAAGGUCCGCCUGGCCCAGAUGAACGGCGCCAAAGGCUUGCUCAUCGUCAGCAAGGACAGACUGACGCCUCCAGCGGGGAACAAGACUCAGUACGAGGAGAUUGAUAUUCCCGUUGCGCUGCUCAGCUAUGCGGACAUGCUUGAGAUAAGCAAGACGUUCAGCGAGGGGAGGCUGGUGGCCAUGUAUGCCCCCAACGAGCCGGUGCUGGACUACAACAUGGUCAUCAUCUUUCUCAUGGCUGUGGGAACAGUCGCCGUGGGCGGCCACUGGGCCGGCAGCAAAGACCGUAAGAAACGCUACAUGAAGCACAAGCGUGACGACGGCGCAGACAAGCAGGAUGAGGAGACGCUGGACGUGACGCCAAUCAUGAUCUGCGUAUUCGUGGUUAUGUGCUGCAGCAUGCUGGUUCUUCUCUACUUCUUUUACGACAGCCUAGCCAUUUGGGUGAUCGCCAUUUUCUGCCUGGCGUCGUCCGUGGGUCUGUACAGCUGUCUUUGGCCUUUUGUGCGCCGCCUUCCUUUCUGCAAGUGCAGAAUUCCAGAGAACAACCUUCCCUACUUGCACAAGCGUCCUCAGGUGCGUGCCCUGCUGCUAUCAGCGCUCUGCGUGGGCGUCAGCGUCACUUGGAUGGUGUUUCGCAACGAGGAUCAGUGGGCAUGGAUACUGCAGGAUACACUGGGGAUCGCCUUCUGCCUCUACAUGCUCAAGACUGUCAGGCUUCCUACAUUUAAGGCUUGCACUUUACUACUGACGGUGCUCUUCGUCUACGACGUUUUCUUCGUGUUUAUCACGCCCUUCUUCACCAAGAGUGGGGAAAGCAUCAUGGUGGAGGUGGCAGCGGGCCCCUCGGACUCGGCCACGCAUGAAAAGCUUCCGAUGGUGCUGAAAGUGCCGCGCUUGAACUCCUCACCCCUCGCACUGUGCGAUCGGCCUUUCUCCUUGCUGGGCUUUGGCGAUGUCCUGGUGCCGGGCCUGCUGGUGGUGUACUGCCACCGCUUUGACAUCUUGACACAAUCCUCCAGGAUCUACUUUGUUGCCUGUACAAUCGCCUACGGCGUGGGCCUGCUGAUCACCUUCGUGGCGCUGGCCGUGAUGCAGAUGGGCCAGCCGGCCUUGCUCUACCUGGUGCCUUGCACUUUGCUCACCAGCCUGACUGUGGCGCUGUGGCGCCGAGAGCUGCCUCAGUUCUGGACCGGCAGCGGUUUUGUGCCUGCCAUAGCACUCGCGCCCAUCAAGUGUACGCAAACAGAGGUGCCGCAGCCCGACGGGUCUCAGGGCGCCGAUGCGACCAAUCGGAGCGAAGACCCCAGUCUGCCUCCAGAUGCGCCCGUGAUAGAAAACGAAGAAAAGCUCAACUAAAAGUGUCCACCUCAAUUUUAUUUUCUACAUUGUUAUAUUACAGAGAUUGAAAUGGGAAAAGGAGCAGAUACCUCACUUUGAAAGGGAAUGGAAAAAUGUUUCCAGAACCCUUACACUAAACGCUCAGCAACUGCAUGCAUCUUUGCUAGCCAACAAAAUGGGGAUUUCCACAUUUAAAUAUUGUAUUUCGAAAGUUUUUAUUGUCCCCUAGAUGGAAGACCGACCAUUUUUAUGCAUUUCAGAAGAGGAAAAAACAUUUCAAAAAGAGCAAUUACUUCCUUUUAUAAAAUGCUACAGAAAUGUCAUUUAAUUUAAAAAUGUAUAUGGUGGAAAAAAGUCAGGUGACUUGAAGUUGUAUCACUGAGUGUCAAGACACAGCUGGGAAUGGCCACAGCCGGAUUUUAUGGGUGAAACAUGGUAAUAUAACAAGGAUCGCAAUGCAGAAAUCGCAGACAUCAAGGAGUGGUCGAGAUCUUUAUUUUCAUAUAUUUACCCUUUUAAAAGUUUUUUUCCCAUUUUUCUUUGUUUGGAUCGAUUAUCAUCUAAAAUAUCGGGGAAAAUGCGACAAUAAUGGGAAAAAAAUACAAUUAAGUGAUAGUUAUGAGGUAGCUAUCUGUGACUUUUUUUACAGACGCCAUUUUUUUUCAUUGUGACGUAAUUUGUUUAAAAGUUUAAAUAAAAUAUGCGAGUGAAUAAUUUUAAGUUUUUUUUUUAAAACUAAAGAUUAGACACCAAUGAAUGAUUCUAAGCUAAAAAUGACAGGCAUUUCAAAUAAUAAAUACCAUUACUUACCUUCUUUUUAUGGCUAGGUUGAAACAAAAGCGGUUGCGCGACGUCUGUAAACGGGGGUUUCCAGGGUAAAACCGACAAAUUAAAAAUAGUUCGGGGGCUUAUUGCGCCAUGAAUCAAUGUCAGCAGCGUUCUUUUGGCUUAAAAUACAGCAGUUUAUUUUAAAGAGGGUUGCAAGAACAGAAACUGUUUUUUCAGCCUUGUCUGUGUUUUCCCGCCAUAUACAUACUAUAUGUAAAAUAAAAUGCAACAAGUAUGACAUUAGUUAGUUGUCAGAGUAUUGUUUUUUUUUUAAAUAAAUUACCGAAAUAAAACAUGGAUUUAAUUAAGUGUCCUAAAAUGUAGCUUAAUAAUAAUAAUAAAGUUGUGGUGAUAAAUGCUGAUCCCAUCAACCCCUAAGUUUCAAAUAAAAAUUGACCAAUAUGUUCUGUUUUUAUCAUUGAGGUUUUUUUUUAAUUUUCCUUAAUUAAAAAACAAAAAAACACUUCCACAAACGUUUUCUGCAACUCAUGCGUUUCAAAAUUUGGAGUAAAAAUAAAUUUUUCGAUGAGCUCCAGCUCAAGAAACAGCUCUGACACAUGGAUAGUUAUUUUGAGAUUUAGAGGAUAUUUAGGGGUACUUAAAGGGUUCAUUCGGGUUACGUCACUUGCGUGGGAACGGAACCUGUUCCUAACCCAGGGACUACCUGCGUACGAAAAAAUCAUGAUACGAAAGCCACCCCGGAAUGAAUAAAUUUAGUAUCUUGAGGUAUUACUGUCCUUUUAAGAAUAAAAAACUCUAGGACUUUAAAGUUAAAAUUCAAACAUUGAAAAAUUGCUAUUUUUUUAGUACUCAAAAUCAGUCAACUCAAAAGUGGCAAAUUAAUGCAUUUAGUUGGUCAGCCAUGAUGCAUUGUAUGUAGCGAAAGCGUGACAAUAUACUUUUUGUUGUUGAAGAUUCCCUAUUAUUUAUGCUAUAACUUUUUUGUUUUGCAUGCUAUGAUGUGAAUUCUCUACCUAGUAUUACAAAUAUAAUCUAGAGUUCAAACUUGAUACAGUAUAUUGGUGGUGCAAUAACAGCCCCGCUCCAAAAUCUGCACUUUGGAUCCCCACAGGAGUCAUUCAAGUGACAAGACAGUCAAGCUAGUUUGUUAAAAAAAAAAGUGCACAACUCAGACUAUCGAAUCAUUUCUUUGUUUUUAUAUAUCUAUGAUGUGCUAUAUUAUGCUGUAUUGGUUUUUAGACCAAUGUUUUCUUUUUAGUUGUGUACAGAUGAUUUGUUUUCAGUGAAACAUGAAACUUGACUUUUGCAGUUCAGUAAAUAAACGCGGAACAAUUUUUGCAGACUA